AUGGCUAUUCAAAAGAAGCACGGAAAAGGUCGUCUUGACAAGUGGUACAAGCUCGCCAAGGAGAAGGGAUACCGCGCUCGUGCCGCUUUCAAGUUGAUACAGCUGAACAAGAAAUAUGGCUUUCUCGAGAAGAGCAAGGUCUUGCUCGAUCUUUGCGCAGCCCCUGGCUCAUGGUGUCAGGUGGCUGCCGAGGUCAUGCCGGUCAGCAGCUUGAUCGUCGGAGUCGAUCUUGCGCCCAUCAAGCCGAUACCCAAAGUAAUAACCUUUCAGAGCGAUAUUACCACCGAAAAGUGCAGGGCGACGAUUAGACAGCAUCUCAAGACGUGGAAAGCAGACACGGUUCUACACGAUGGUGCCCCCAACGUCGGUACCGCUUGGGUGCAGGAUUCUUUCAACCAGGCCGAGUUGACACUGCAAGCCAUGAAGCUGGCCACCGAGUUCCUGGUUGAAGGUGGAACGUUUGUUACAAAGGUCUUCCGCUCCAAGGAUUACAACUCAAUGCUCUGGGUCUUCAACCAACUGUUCGAGAAGGUCGAAGCAACAAAGCCGCCGUCGUCCCGUAAUGUAUCGGCCGAGAUCUUCGUCGUAUGCAGGGGCUUCAAGGCGCCCAAACGCAUCGACCCGAAGUUCCUUGACCCCCGCGCCGUAUUUGCCGAGCUGGCGGAUCCCACACCGAACAACGAGGCCAAGGUUUACAAGCCUGAGAUCAAGAAGAGAAAGCGUGAUGGUUAUGAAGAGGGCGACUACACGCAAUACAAGGAGAUUCCGGCUUACGAGUUCAUCCAGUCUACCGACCCGAUCGCUAUUCUGGGCAGCACCAACCGGUUGAGUCUGGAGCAAUCAAAGAACGGCGAUGUUGCUCUUGCUGUGUUGGAUAAACUGCCAGAGACGACAGAUGAGAUCCGCACAUGCUGCGCCGAUCUGAAGGUGUUGGGAAGGAAAGAAUUCAAGUUGCUUCUCAAAUGGCGUCUUGCCGUAAGGGAAAAGCUAGGUUUCCCCACCAAGAAAUCCGUCAAGAAGGAAGAGGAGGCCGCUGCUGCUGCCGCUGCCGCCGAGGAGGUUGCCAAAAUCGAGUCCAUGGACGAGGAGAUGAGGAUACAACACGAGUUGGAAAAACUGAAAGAACGCAACAGCACCAAGAAGAAGCGGGAACGGCGCAAGGAGAAUGAGCGUAAACAAAAAGACAUCGUUCGCAUGCAAAUGCACAUGGUUGCGCCCAUGGACAUUGGUGUCGAGCAGGCGGGUCCGGAAGGUGAAGACGCCAUGUUCGCUCUCAAAGCAGUCGAAAAGGGAGACAUCAUGCGAAGGUUGGUCAAGGGGAAGAUGGUUGUUACCAGCGAGGCGGACGCGAAAAAGGAUCGCGACAGUGGUAUCGGAUCAUCGGGUGAAACGGACGAUGAGAGCGACGAAGAGCUUGACCGCCUGGAAACCGAGCUUGAUGAGAUGUACGACCAGUUCAGGGAGCGCAAAGCUGCCUCUGACGCCAAGUAUCGGGCCAAGAAGGCUCGACAGGCGCGAAUUGGAGAUGGCGAGGACGAAUGGGAGGGCGUGUCCGACAACGAGAAGGCGGACGAAAUCAGCGACGACAGCGAGCUUGAGGAGGAAAGCAGUGGUGAUUCGGAUGAUGAAGACGAUACUGCCCCGAGAAAAUCUCUAUUGACAGACCUCGACAGCACCCCUUCAGACAAUUCCGGUCUAUCAAAACGCGCUCGGGCUUUCUUUAACCAGGACAUAUUCAAGGAGCUUGACGACGAUUUGGAUGAGCCAAUGGACGAGGAUAUUCGGGCCGCUCUGGCUGGAGACGACGAUGAUGUCGAUAUGGAGAACACAGCAUCCAAAGCCGAUUCCAAAAAGACAAAGGAAAAGGCUGCAGAUAAAAAGACGGCCAAGAAGGCUAAGAAGGCCGCUCAAAAGACACAGCAAGCCAAGGACGAUGAUUCUGACGACGACAGCGAUGGUGGUUUCGAAGUUGUCAAGAGCGGUAAAGAAGACGACUGGGAAGACGAGGAGAAGCGAACCAAGGACGGCAGGUUAGACAUCGAUAUCAUCACGGCAGAAGCCAUGACCCUGGCCCAUCAGCUUGCCACGGGUCAAAAGUCUUCACAUGAUCUGAUUGAUGACGGCUUUAAUAAGCACGCAUUUAAGGAGAAGGAGGGCCUGCCAGACUGGUUUUUGGACGAUGAAUCAAAACACGACAAGCCUCAAAAGCCAAUCACAAAGGCUGCUGCCGCGGCAAUCAAGGAGAAGAUGCGGGCUUUCAACGCGCGCCCAAUCAAAAAGGUUCGCGAGGCCAAGGGUCGCAAGAAGAUGAAGGCCGCCCAGCGUCUCGAGAAGCUCAAGAAGAAGUCUGACCUGCUCGUCAACGAGGAGGGCAUGACGGAGAAGGAAAAGGCAGAGAGCAUCGCCAAACUGCUGCGCAAAGCGACCAAGAAGAAGCCCAAGCAGGCCGUCAAGGUUGUCGUGGCCAAGGGUGCAAACAGGGGGAUUAAGGGCAGGCCGCAGGGCGUCAAGGGAAGAUACAAGCUCGUGGACCCGAGGAUGAAGAAGGAAAUGAGGGCGCUGAAGAGGGUGGCGCAAAAGGCCAAGAAGAGAAGGUAG